AUGUCCCACGCUCCCCCUCCUUCGCCAGCCCGAGCGCCCGCUCCUUCUCGCCCUCGAACACCCGCUCCUUCCCACACCUGCCGGCCUCGAACUCCCUCCUCCCGUCCGCGAACUCCAGCUCCAGCGCUAGACGUCCAAGUCACUCUCCCACCCUCCCUCCGCGCCUCUGCGGACCUCGUAAUCCAGUCUUCGGACGGGACGCAGUUCCGCGUGCAUAAGGCGUAUCUGGCCGCCUCGAGCCGGUUCUUCGAGGACAUGUUCGGGGACGAGACGCUAGCGUUCCUUAACGAGAGUCGGGAGGAUAAACAGUUGCCUGUCGUUGAGCUCUCCGAAUCGAGGUACACGUUGCGCACGCUCUUGCCUUGCGUUUACCCUGGGACGAAACCUCGCCCACCGUCGCUUCGCGUGCUUCGGGAUACCCUCGUCGCUGCGGACAAGUAUGACAUGCCUAGUGUGAGGGACUCGAUGCGGCCGCAUCUUGUCUGGCCCGAGUUCUUGAGUACCAACCCGCUGCUGGUGUGGGCUAUCUCGAGGCUGUUGGAGUUUGAGGAGGAGAAGAAGAUCGCCAUGGAGGCGCUCUUCGAGUUGAAUGAGGAGGAGCUCUUUGCGCUAGAGAUGGAUGGCGUGGCUGCCUCGGAUCUGGCGGUCGUGCAUCUGCGCAGGCAGCAGAGGGCCGACGCGAUCAUCAGGGUCGUCCAGGACGUGCUUGCCAAGGACGAGGGAGACAAGACUCCCGCCAACUGCUAUCGACCGAUCUGCAAGGUGUGCAAGAGAGUCCCGAUGUGGGUAUACGUCUGGACGAAGCGCCUCGAGAUCGAUGCCCGAAAGAGACCAACAAUCGACAAGCUCUUCUCGUACACUUCGCUCGAAAACGCCCGCCAGAAGUCGCCCAGGUGUCGAUGCUCGCCUGACCUCAUCAUGUGGGAUCCCAAAUCCUUCGAUGACUUGAAGAAGAUCGUAGAAGACUCGGUCCAGCCUGUCAAGAAACGCAAAUCGUCGCUCCGGUUGUCAAAGAGAUUUGCCACAUCAUAG